GUUUCCUGCACACGUUGCACCAGCUGUGAUAGAUUCAAUUUGCGACAGAGUUCAUGCAUCAAUUCUAGAAUGUAUAUUUACAGCGAUAGGCUGUAACUUUCACUAGAAAAGAUAGCUGGAAAGCAAUUAGAAAGAAAUUUUUUACGAUUCUUUCAGUCUACAACCUAAGAAUGAUAUGCUCGAGUAGUUUCAUGGGAACUAUGAACAACGAAUAUUGGUCAGCUAAUUGUACUUCCGGUGAAUUCCAUGGCUGUAUUGUACGUUGGAACACGUUCGUAUUAAAUUUAUUAACAAAGUUGUUUUUCUAAAGUCAUUUUAACAUACCUUUAAUUAUGUAUAAGAUACUUAACGCACUGCGUGCAUUAUUCAAGAAUACCGCGGUACGUAUUGUCUUUGUAUAUCUGCAAUUAGUAGACUACAAGUAUCAGAGUAUCAAAUUAAUUUUAUUAAACGAAAGGUUUAAUUUACUUUUUUCUCGAAACGUUAUUAUUAGGGAGACAGCAGUCACGGCGAAGGCAAUAAUUAUUCACUGCAUCGCUGGCACGCAAUCGAGGAAAUAUCAAUUAGCGAGGAGUUAGGUCGUUGACACGCUUGCUAAGCAUCGACAAUCAGAGAGAGUCACGGAGAUAUAAUUCAGUUUUUCUCGACGCGCUUUUUGUCAAUUAUAGAAAAGUCAAAUCCAUUCGACUGUAUCGCAUCGCUAAUCCCUGAAUAUAAAAGAUCUCGAAGCCUGCGUUGCAGCCAGUUAAGAAGAAACGUCGGUAUCUAUUAAGUCGUUGUCGAUUAAGCUGGUGCCAUGUUGGUACGUUUUCUGUGAUCUGUUUUAUUUACGAUAGUUAUAUUAGUGAAUUUUGUGAGGAAAUAAACCUUAGAAAAUUGAUCGUUAACGUAAUAUGUGUCUGAAUGGUUGAAUAUAUUGCAGGUAUUUUUUACCGCUUUAAUCGUAUCGACGCUGAAUUCGGCUACAGGAGUAGAACAUCAAUUUUUAUCUUCAAGCCACGCGAGAUCAAAAAGAGGGGUCGUCGAAACUGGUCAGAAUGUUCUUCAAGAUUAUAAAUCUCAUCAAAUUGAAUCGAUCGGGCCAAAUAUGCGAAGCAUUGGAUCGAGUAAUGCAAAAUCUCCAUCGCAUUAUAAAAACGUUCAAAUUGUGAAAGAAUCUCCGUUAAUCGGAGGUAGCAUUCCACUAGCGUACAGCGAUACCUUUAAACAAUCAUCGCCGUAUGCUACGUCGCCAUUGUCCGUUUAUUCCUUCGAAUCACGAAACAACGAACGAUUAUUGCCAUAUUCUGAUAAUUUAUUUACCAUGUCAACUGGCUAUAAAACUACAGGUGACGAUUUUUCUAAACCGCUGAAACAAACCGGUACGCACCGCCAACCAAAGUUUAACCAAAAUGCAGCAACAGAUACAAAUCUCCAAGUUCCCGUGUAUAAGACUGAUUAUCUGUUGCCAAAAAUCUCAGAAUCGCAGAGUUACGCGCCUACGUUCCAAAACAUGGAGAAAGCUUCGUUGCCGAUGCUUCAAGUACAAAAGAGUCGAGAGUUACCUCGGUACUUGUCCAGUACGCAAAGCCAACCACUCGUGUUGAACCCUGUGGAUCAACAGUUCAAUUUCGCAGUCAGAACGCCGAAGCUAAAUAGCGUGCAACUGAGUACACCUUUCCUGUCGCCGCUUUCGAGUUUUCAGGGUCAAGUGGUGCCAAUUUCCACCGUAGAUAACAACGCGCAAUUUCCGCAAUACAAAGGCGCCGCGGUAGACGUAUACCCAACUGUCAGUAGCUUCUCACCGAUGGCUUAUCAGCCUAUCCAACCUCAGUCGCGAUUGCAUUUUGCACACGAUAACGUUCAACGUGUGCAAUCUGUUGACAAUGUACGUCAUGCUACGCCAGCGCAAGAAAUUCGAUCUGACGUGGAGAUCAUUGACAAAAAGAAACCUGCGCCUCCGCCUAAAACCGACGACGACGAGGAUGACGCCGAUAACGACGAAGAUUAUGUACCUCGUGAGAAACAAUACGGAGCAAAUUCAGAGGAAGACGACGACUCCGAAUCUAGACCUGGAAAAUACUUUAAGGCGCCAGCAACGGAAGGUAACUUUAAGCCAUCGACCUCGUUUCCCUUCAAGCAAUACGACGAAAAAUUUGGCAAAUAUUCGAGUCAGAAUCGUAACGCAGAAGGUGAUAAAAAGCCCAAAUAUCAAGAUUAUUCUUCGUCGAACGACGAGGACGACGACGAGCAAGCGCCAUCAGCUAAAUAUAACUCGGAUCGCGCGCCAUCAAAAAGUUUUUACAGUAGGCAAGAGGAUGAAGAAAACGAUGAUAGACAUGGUUAUGAAAGACAAAAGACCGAAGAAACGUCCGAUGAUGCGAACGCAUCUAAAUACCUUGACAAGAACACCGACGAUGAGUUUGAAACAUUGUACAGAAAGAAAUUACCAAGACAAGAGUACAUCCAUCUGAAAGAAGUUCCAGAAGUAGAAUAUGGAUCGAGCUCAUCGAAAGGAAACGGAAAUGAUUACGAGGAUCCUUCGGGCGAAGGAAGUUUUAGGAAUUUUAGGUAUUUCAAAAAUUUCCACGAUUUCAAAGACUCUGAAGGAUUUAAUUCUGAUAUCGUAAAAAGCUUCAGCUUGCUGCCCGGAACGACGUACGGAGGAUCUUUUGGCUACAAAAUACCUAAAAGAAACGCGGCAUCUUAAAUAUGCGAAUGACCUCAUGAUUUACCAAAAUGUGUUAGUAUUCAGAAUCUAAUUACGCUCUAUACCGAGCUCAGUGCAUAUAAUUUAUCUAAAGUUUUGAUAUGUUAUUUAUAUUGUUAUGUUUGUUUGUAUAUAAUAUAUUGAACAUAAAUUUUUAUCGUAACUAAAACAACGUUAGAUAUUGGAUUAUUUCAUUUCCAUGGGAAAAAAUAC